CAGAAACGCGUAGAGAACGUAGGAACAUUUAUCUCAACUAUCAUUCUAUUUACUUUUGGACAAAGCUGAUUAAAAGCAUUUUUAACAGAGUGUGAUGUGUUGAAAUAAUUAGGUCACUAGAUAAGAUUUUAUAUUUUUGUAACAGCAAUCGCAGUGAUUUCGCGGCACAGGAUGGCGAUGAACGGAAGAAACGGAUGAACAGCGUCGAUUAAAAAAAAUCAGUUGGCGCUGAUAUAAGUUACCAAACGAUGACAGAGCUUGCGUAGUGGUUACGUUACUGCGAUAAUAUUACUGAGUAUCCGGCGAUGUGACAUCGCAUGCAAUUUUGCGAGCUAGCUGUGCGCGGUGAGACGUGAGAAACAACAUAAUAAGAAUGGCAUAUUCUUAUAUAGUAGAAGAAGCACCUCCCGACAACGUUCUCAGCGUGAAGCACGAUAUCCGAUGCGCCAAGAUAUUUCUUCAGAAACACAGCACGGAAUCGGGUGACAGUUUAUAUGACCACUUAAUCGAGCUCUUGGCAAAAAUAUUGGCCGAACGGCCACAAAACGCUGUUGAUAUUUUUGAGGAAUAUAGCAGAAAAUUGAAAGAAGAAAGGUUGAAGACCAAGACGGAUCAUCUUCGAGAUUUGUACAUACCACCAUUACAAUACGACGAUGCCAAGAAACUCAUUAAGCUCUUCCAGCAAGGAGUAAAACGAAGUGACGAAGAUGAACAGGAGAGAAUAGGAAACGAGGAGGGCGAUACGAAAAAGAAUCAUUUCAACAUGUUGGAUCUUUCGUUCUACUUUGAACAGACGGGUGUAGGAUUGCCGCGAUACGAAAUAGUAUUGCUUAAUUUAUCGAUUCGAAAACUCGCCUCAACAAUGCCCCUUAAAAAUAUUAGAUUUUGGGGUAAAAUACUUGGAAAACCUAAAAAUUAUUAUAUACUGGAAGCUGAACUUGAAUCGGAUGAGCUUGCUCGAAGAUUAGAGCAAGAGGAACGUGAAAUACAAUCUAAAAGAGAAAAAGAAAAAAUUGAAGCCGAAACAGCGGCAAAAUUCGCGAAGGAAGAAGCGACGACAAAAAUUGAGGAAGAAGAUGUGAAGAGAAAUGUCGAAAUGCCAAGUAAUCUGCGCAAAGAUACGUCUGAAGGAAAGCCUUUGCAGCUUAUCUUUCCACCAUUACCUAUUAAUCUAUGGAGUUCAUUGCCGGAAAUACCAAUGGAGAAAAUCGGAAGUGGCCUUAAUAAAAAAGUGUAUUUUGUAUGCAACGCGCCUGGAUUGGACGCGUGGAUCGAACUUCCGACGGUUACACCACAGCAGAUAGUAAUUGCACGACAGAUUGUUCGAUACUGCACGGGAAACUUGGAGACACCGAUUUAUAGUUUUCCGCCGUUUCCUGGUACCGAAAAAAAUUAUCUUCGUGCACAAAUUGCAAGAAUCAGCGCGACCACUCACAUUUCGCCGAUUGGCUUUUUCACAUUCAGUGGAGAAGACGAAGAUGAAGAAAUAGAAGAAGAAAGGAAAAAAAAAGAAGAGUUAUCAGAAAACAUUAAUUACGAUCCACUGCCUAUCAAGGAUCUUGUAGAUCCUUCUAUGUCAAAUUGGUGUCAUUGUAGUCCGUAUAUUCUUACGCAAGGACGAACUGUCUGGUGGGAGGAAAGUCUCGAAAAGGAGGAAAAUAUUGUCGAUGAAAUCUUUGAAGAAAAAGAAGAAGAAGAAAAUAUUGAGAAAGAUUUAGUAAAGAUGGUGGAGAAAGAGAUCGGACCACCUCUCUUAACUCCUUUAUCUGAAGAUGCUAUUGUUGAUUCCGUGAUACCAUGGGCUGCUAAACAGUCGUCAUAUAUACAACCAGACAUUGCGGUAGCUUUAGUUAGGUCAAAUAUCUGGCCUGGAGCGUUCGCAUUUGCGGUAGGAAAACGCUUUGCUACUAUAUAUAUUGGCUGGGGUCACAAAUACAAUGCGUAUAAUUAUAGUCCUUCUGAUAUGCCAUCUGUUCAAGAUCAAUAUAAAAUUGUAUCAGAGAUUAUGGAAAUUCGUGAUCCUACUGUUAAAGAAGAAUAUCAAUUAAUGCAAUUAUCAUUGGGUGAUUACUUAAAAUAUAUAUCUUUUUAA